AUGUCCGUGGACGAGCGUCUGAACCCGCCGGACGAGAACACAACUGCAGAAGAUCUCACAGAUGAAGACUUCUGUGGAAUUGACGACCAAGAAUUUACUGUAGAUGACUCUGAGACCGGGUCAAAACCCGGACGAGGACGAUAUGGAGCAUAG